CGGAGGGUCGGGAUAGGGACGGCCUUCGUCUUCUUCAUCUUCAUCUUCUCCAAUCCCUUCGCCACCACCGUGGUGUUUGGUCGAGAUUCGUCCACUUCUUGGUAGGGUUGCGGGGUUCGCCGCCCCAUCGACGGACACAGGCGGGGCGUGGAGCGACCGGAGUCCGUCGAGCUCUGUUACGUGGGCGGAGCGCGGACGAGCAACCGCGGCUCGGCUCGACUGCCCACACGGGAGAGCGGGUCCCACCACUGCAAGGUCUUUUUAGAGCAACUAACAGUCAUUGCAACGCUCCGAUAGUAACCGUUAUCUUGUAUGAGAACGGAAGUAACAGUCAUUGUAUCGUACCCACGUGACAGUUAUUUCGUAUAAUAACGGAAGAUUGCCGAUACAUGCUUUCCACAGUUUGAUGACAUAAUAGAAUAUACCGGCACACCACCUACAGCCACAAGAACAUGCGCUACCCCGCACCGGUUUAAGUCAUCCCGAACCCGGUCAAUCGCGCGCUGUCCCUUCUCCCGCCGCUGCCAAGGGUUAGGGUUUCUUCCAUUCGCAGACUGAUUUCUGUUUCCAAGUCAUGGUUGAUAUUGGAAAGCGUCAGCAGAGGGAUAAUGACAGUGAAGGUAAGCAGCAGAAGAAAAGAUUGGUCAACAAUGAUGGUACCAGGGACAGUGAAUUGGUCGUAUAUCGUAUCCUAUGCCCACUUGGUGUUAUCGGGAGUGUGAUUGGAAAGAGUGGUAAAAUUAUAAACUCCAUUAGACAAGAGACAAAUGCUAAAAUCAAAAUUGUUGAUCCUUUUCCUGGUGCGGAUAAGAGGGUUAUUACUAUUUACUGCUAUGUUAAGGACAAGAAUCCUGUUGAUGUUGAUGAAGAUAUCCUGCGACCACUUUGCCCUGCCCAGGAUGCCUUGCUUAAGAUUCAUGAUGCUAUAGUAAAUGCUUUAGAUAACUCUAAUGAGUUUGAAAAUAAACAGAAGGAAGGGGUUUAUAUCCUAGUGCCAGCAAGCCAAGCUGCAAAUAUCAUAGGUAAGUCUGGGUCUAUCAUCAAGAAACUGAGAUCCAAGACCAAUGCAAACAUCAAAAUUACUCCAAAGGAUCCCUCUGAUGCCACGCAUUCUUGUGCAAUGAGUUUUGACAACUUUCUUCAGAUUACUGGUGAUGCUGAAGCAAUUAAAAGAGCGCUAACUACAGUUUCUGCUAUCAUGUAUAAAUUUUCACCAAAAGAAGAGAUACCCCUCGAUAGCUCAGUUCCUGAUCUUCCCCACAUAUUGAUUCCCUCAGAUGUUCCCAUAAUUCCAGCUGGUAGUAUCUAUCCCACUGCAGACACCAUAUUACCUCCUGGAUCUUUGCCACCAGUCAUAGCUGCAACUCAUCAAGCAUCUGAGAUUCCUGGAUUUAUAGAUGCUUCUAAUAUGUGGCCAAUGUAUCCAUCUACUCUUCCUGUUGUCCCUGGAUAUGGUGGUCCAGCACGUUCAGAGGACCUGGUCUUACGAGUUCUUUGCCCAUUUGACAAAGUUGGACGUGUCAUUGGCAAGCAAGGAAAUACUAUAAAGAGCAUAAGGCAAUCCAGUGGAGCAAAAAUCAACGUUGAUGAUACUAGGGAUGAUACUGAUGAGUGUACUAUCACCAUCACAUCUAAAGAGUCUUCCAAUGAUGUGAAGUCCGCUGCAGUUGAAGCUGUUUUGCUGCUUCAAGAAAAGAUUAAUGAUCAAGAUGAUGACAGUGUUAAUAUUCGCCUUCUUGUUCCUUCAAAAGUCAUUGGCUGUCUUAUUGGCAAGAGUGGUUCAAUUAUAAAUGAUAUGCGCAAAAGUACAAAGGCGAAUAUUUAUAUCUCAAAGGGUGAAAAACCCAAACGUGCUGCAUCUGAUGAAGAGCUUGUGGAGGUAUCUGGAGAGGUAGGUAAGUUGCGUGAUGCACUCGUGCAGAUUAUUUUAAGGCUUAGAGAAGACGCUUUAAAAGACAAGGAUGGUAAUCAGAAUGCUCAAAAGGACAGCAAUCAGAAGGUUCCUCCUGUUGAUACUCUUCAUUCUAGCAGUUUGUCUGUGCCUCCAGUAUUGCCUACUAUUCCACCACUUGCACCUUUGAACUAUGGCCAAAGAGCUGAAACUGAGAGUGGGAUGGGAAUAUUCUCUGGCAAUAAUUUGUAUGGUUACAGCUCGUUGCAGGCUGGAGAGAAUGCUUUUGGGCCUCUUUCUUCAUUUUCAUCGAAUACGUACGGAGGAUUUCCAACUUAUAUUGAGGUAGUGAUUCCUGCAAAUGCCUUGGCUAAAGUUAUGGGUAAAGGUGGCACAAAUGUUGACAACAUCAGAAAGAUAUCAGGAGCUCAUAUAGAAAUUGUUGACUCAAAGGCAUCCCGUUUUGAACGCAUUGCCCGGAUAUCUGGUACUCCCGAUCAGAAGCGGUCAGCAGAGAACUUAAUUCAGGCCUUUAUAAUGUCUACCUAAGAUGACGGUCAAUUUCCAGAGUUGGUGAAUUUUUGAACUCUUUUUGUGAUGCUUCAAGCUUUCCAUAAUUCCCUUAGGUCUAUUAUGAAGAACAAUGGUACAAUUCCUCCUCCUCCUGUCUUUUGUACCAAACAGAGUCCACUCGUUUCUUGCAAAGUCUACUGCCAAUUGUCCUUCAUGAGAACUGUUCCCUGUCAUGAACCUAUCUUAUAUCAUAAAAUUUCUCGAAUCCUUGAUUUACUCUGAUGUUAAAUUCUUGCGAGUCCUUAAUUGUCACAAUGCCAAUGUCCUUUGUCUGACAAGUCUUUGGUGACUUCUCGUGCUCGCAUAGUUAUGCUUAUUACCAAAUUUGUCUCUUUUCCCUCAUCAGAUACUGUCUAUCCGCUAAUAUAAUGGUCAAAUUUGAUACGUUAUUCACUGCUGAACUGAACUUUGUUGGUAUUCAUCACUGAAACAGUGAACUGAGUGCUAAAACUCAAAAAUCAUUUAUUUCCGAAAUCUCUUUGAUGUUUCUCAUAUGAGACUGAUAUAAAUUUAGUUCUACUGACUGCUUCAGCGCCUGAACCUUGUUCAUAAGUUAGUGUGUAUGUUAUUAUUCCUUUAUACUUGUUGCAUCGCAAAACUAUCAUUUUCUUUUUCUCAAAGGAUCCUCUUGUAGCGUCAGUUCUGAAUUGUAUAUAGCAUUUAUGUCUUCCCCCUGUUCUCUUCUUUCUUUGUACAUUGUAUUGUUUCUCUUGCUAUCUGUUCUUUAAUCUUGGUUUCAUGUUCUCCCAAAUUGGUCAUUCAUGUAUCCUAAACAAAAAAUCUGGUAGAAACUAGUGGUUAUCCGUGUGGUGAGGUCAUUAUUCUCCACCCAUCAAUAUGCCUACAUUGAAUUUAGACAAGUGCCCAAUUUGUUCCAUGAGUUCUUGUGGUCUCUUUGGUGCUAACCUAGUUCCAUCGACAGGAGCACUAACCUAAUUGGUUGGCUGAAGUUGUCUAAUUAAUAACGAAGAACUCUUUUACUGACAGUCAUGUAAAUAAUAGAUGUUGUACAUGCUGAACGAGCAUGGCUAUUGGAUCGAUACCUCAGAUGACAAAUGAACUGUUGUUUCUUAGAAGGUAAAAGAGCUAAAAGUUGGAAAGUUGUUGUUAUGAACUUUUCAUUUUAGAUGGUUGAAAAGUUGAUGUUGUGAGCUUUUCGUUUUAGAUGGUUGCUUAAUUGUUUGCAAAUGAUAUAUUUAUAUAUAUGAUAAUUUUGUCUCAA